CUCCAGCAGUAUCCAACGGAGAAACUUCUGCCUCCAAACUUACGAUAAGCCCAUCGUACUCAGACUAAAGGGUGGACAGAAUGUUCUGGAGGAGAAAGAAGAAGGAACCGGAGAGACGGGUGGACACCCACGACACCACAUCUAUUCAACCUCAUGUCAGCGAGGAGAGGGCUACAACCCCCCUCGGUCCAGGGAUCAGUACGCGCAUUCCCGACAAUGAGAGGGCCAUAUCAAGCCCCACGGUCCCCCAGCAACACACUGAGUAUCCUGCUCCAAGCUCUCGUCCGGAACCACAGAGACCCGCCGGAGACCCGAGUGGGAGUCGUCGUCGUCGACGUGCCGAUACGGCUUGCGUUUAUCGUAGUGACUGCUGCGACCCCUGUGAGAAUAUGGAAUGGUAUCGCGAAAGGAGGAAGAGGAAGGGGCGUCGUAGAACAUCUGAUUGCAGUGACAUUUGCGCAGAAGUUUGCUGAAAGAUUGAUGGAGAAUC